AUGCCACUUUGCGGCACAUGCGAGGGCUUUGACCUGGCCAGUCUCUUCGAUCAGGACCGCGACGUCCAUGACCUCGUCUUCCACAAGUCUCUCUCGAAGCUGAAGAGUAGUGAAUCGACAUGCGGCUUCUGCCGACUGCUCUGGACGACCCUAACAAAAGACCAAGCCGAAGACAGCGACCUCUUCUCCAUACUCGAGAAAGAUGAUGACCAUGAGUCCCCGGUCGUCCUUCGCGGUAUCAUCCCAUACAUCGAUGAUGACUACGAAUCAGACAGUAUUUACUGCUGUAAGGUCCGAUGCGACCGUUUUCGACUAUCAGGAUAUUUGACCUUUUACUCGGCAGACGAAAACGAUGAUUCUAUAACGCAUCUAGACAACAUCAUUCUCACCAGAAGGAUCAGGCCAGCUGAGCAGCAUCUUGACCUGCUGCGUGAAUGGGCUCAUGAAUGCGAUCAGCAUCACUCAAGCUGUCGGGCCGAUAUUGGAAAGUUGCCAACACGGGUGAUCGACGUUGGAGAAGAUGGGAAACAAGAGCCUCGACUGGUGGUGACGAAUGGGAAAAUAGGCCGGUACAUGACGCUGAGCCACUGCUGGGGCCUUCAUCCCGUCAUCCAGACAACGAUUCUGACACUUGAGGAUCACCUCAAGGCACUACCGCUAUCGAAACUUCCCAAUACUUUCAGAGACGCCGUUGUCGCGACCAGGGCUAUGGGCAUCCAGUAUCUAUGGAUUGACUCGCUGUGUAUCAUCCAAGAUUCCGAAGACGACUGGAAUCGGGAAAGCGCCAAUAUGGGCUUUAUUUACUCCUCCUCUUACCUCACCAUCGCUGCAUCAGGCUCAAUUGACUCGAGAGGCGGUUGCUUCAUACCUCGAGACACACCGAGCCAUGUGGAGCUCACAUGUUCGCAGCCUGACGGGAAUCAUCCUGUUCGAGUGAUGGUCCGACCACGACCUGAAGACUUCCUACAUCUCCCAAAGAGAACUUUACAUAACCGGGCCUGGGUCUUCCAAGAAAAGGUGUUUUCUUCUCGCAUGAUCAACUUCGACGCCGAUCAGCUACUCUGGCAAUGUCGGGAACGCCGUGUCGCAGAAGACGGGAUACCCCCCGGGUGGGACUUCUGUGAUGGGAUCUUCCAGGAGGUGCCGAAUGAUCUCAACCUGUCUUAUCCGUAUACUCUGGAGACAGGGGAGCGUUCCAGCUUCGAUCGUGAUUGGAAUAGCAUGGUAUGUGGUUUCGUCAAACGACGCAUUACAAAGUCCUCCGACCGGCUACCAGCCCUCUCUGUUCUUGCCAAGGUGAUGGAAGAACGCACCGGGAUCGAGUAUGUGGCAGGGCUCUGGAAGAAAAAUCUGGCCCAUAGCCUACUUUGGUGUCGGGUUGGCCCUUGGUUAAGACGCUCACCGUAUGGGUAUUGCGCCCCAAGCUGGUCCUGGGCCUCCGUAGAGGGCGGAAUUGCCAAUGUUGUUGGCACCGAGUACGGUUACGCCUACGAGGCUACAGUAGACGAUAUCGAAACGAUGAUUACUCCACGCGGUCUUGAUCCGCCGGGGAUGGUAAAAUCUGGUCAUCUUGUGCUAUCGGGCAAGAUCAGAGCGUUCGACAAACGGCAGAACCCUCAGGACCCAGGAUACUUUCACGUGGUUCAGGCGAAUUCUCGUGCGAAAGACGCGGUGUCCGACUACCUAUUGGAAAAAGGUGAAGUUGUCGGUAAAAUCAUCUUUGACGAGCCUUUCAAGGCCAAUGACCAGCCUUUGUAUUGCCUGCAGUUAGUACGUCGCAAGGAGAACCACAGCAUGUGGUACGGGCUCAUCUUGGAGUCUACCGGUCGGGAGAAGGAAUUUAGACGCCUUGGCUGUUGUGUUACGGAGUACGUCCACAACCCAAUGUGGUUCGAAGAUGUACCCAUGGAACGGAUCAAGGUCAUUUGA